AUGUCUGACUCCUUCACCCUUCCUCUUCGUGCCGUUCCAGAAAAGCAGGACCGUCCCGAUACCCUGCCAGUCGAGAUCUCUCAGAUCAACAACCAAUGGGGUUCAUUCCGAGAUGUCAAUGAAGAGAUCCUCCGAACCCAGAUCGCCGAAGAAAAGGAGUGUGGUGACACACAAGAAUCAGAAGAUGGCGACCAAGAGAAGGGGGAUGUUGACACCACAGAGCGUCUGGAGCAACUGUACAAGAAGCGUGCCGAUAUCACUCAGUUUGCAGUACAGUCCCACAUGGAAGCCAUGUUUGCCCUCGAUUUCAUCUCUCUCCUCUUGUCCAAAAAUGCCCCGCGCCAAGCCGAAACCUCCAUGUCACCUUAUUUGAAACAGAUCGCGCCUCUCGGUUCUUUGAAUGCGGAGGUAGUCAACCCGCCUCCGAAAUCCGAAACAGCUACUAAGGACAUCUCGUCUGUCUCCAGAGGUUGGAGAAUUCAAAACUUCAAUUCGGCGUCCGGCAAGCUACUGAAGGCCGCCUCCCGGUUGGAGACAGAAGUCGCGUCGGAGAGCCGGUACUGGAAUGAGGUCUUAGCAGUCAAGGACAAGGGAUGGAAAGUCUGCAGGUUGCCACGGGAGAGACAGGCACUGGGGGUGCAGUACGGGUUCCUGGAAGCCACCGCGGUCUUUCGCGACCGUGGCCUUGCUUCAUUAAGGCGAUCUGACGAUGGAAGCUUGAUCUUGGAUAAGGGACUGAUUCCUUCUGGGGCCCGCUUUGUGCGAGUGCGAGUGAAACAAGGAUCUCAUAUCUCCAGCAGCACAGGGCCAUUUGCAUCCAUUUCCAAUGAUGCUGAAUCGAUUGAACAUCGCAUCCUCCAAGCCCGUGACUCCGUCUUCGAGGAGGAACUGUUUCACGAAUUGGUUCGAGAAGCCCGAUCUAUGGCAAGCUCCGGUGUGACAACUCGUCAGAAUCUUAUUCAAGUUCCCGCUUCAGAAGACCUCGAAAUCAUGUUGGACUUAGUGGAUGCUGACGAUGAGAGUCUCAAUGCCGACGAGGCUCCUACGGCGACUGAUAAACUUCUUGCCGACGGCCUAGCUCACUCCAUGCGUAUCUUGCUCGCCUUUUCUCAUCGUCAAAACCUCCGCCGUCGUACGCAAGUGCCGCCACCAUUGACGUCAAAGAAGCGGCCUACACCUGAAUAUCACCUUCUUCGACCUGCUCUGGCUUACUUCCAGCAUCUGGCGCAACUUCGCCGGCUGGAAUCAUUCCUUCAUGAAAUAUUCAGUGUCUUACGAUCAUCUGGCUUGGACUUUCCUGAAUUGACUACCAAAACAUUUACAAAUGGACCCUCACCUCCACAUAUUGCUUCUACUGCUCCACUUGAAACGCUUAUCCAAAAGUUCCUGGCGCCGAUUGAGUCUGUGCUUCGAGGAAAUCUCUCUACUCCCGAUAGUUUCUUCACUGUCACAGUCCGAACGAAUCUAUCGGCUCCGCCUUUUGGCACGCAUUACGAUGUGGCCUUCAACUUCCCCAGUUUCUCCGAUGUCAAGUCUCCAGGUCGCCUAGCCUUGAGGGAUGAAGUUGAGGCUGCCAUUAGCCACAUAUUACUAUUAGAUGUGGUCUCCAGCAUUUCAUCCCAUGAGCGACCGUCGGAAAACAAUAAUUCCGACGCCUUGAAGACUUGGGAUGCAAUCUACCCCCAACUAGGUGAACUGUUACUAUCUGGAAGAAAUCCUGAGCGCCAUAAGAAGAUGAAGGUGAUCUUGUCCCGCCAUGAGCUUUCUCUCUCCACCUACCUUGUGCGCAGCAUUGACGGAGUUGGGCGUGGUGUGCAUGAACUCAGGUCUCACGCCACCGAGACGCAUACCUGGAACUCAUCCUCGUCAUCCACCGCCAGCCCCAAUAAACAUCCCUCGAUGCUAGAUUUUGUCAAUGCAGAAUGCUUUCACUGA